AUGGCUGGCAUUUUAGGUCCCCGGGCCCUCUUUUGGGCCUCAAUCGUCCUUGCUAUAGGCGUGAUCUACAGAACAUACAUCCACAACAUCAUCUUCCUGACUAUCGGCGUAGGCCGAGUGAUCCAGCCAAUCGAGGACUUCCCAUGGACCUGCACUCGCGUCCAGCACUCCCUUCUCGAGGGCUGUGAGGAUCUGUGGCUUGAUGAGCAGGACCGAAAGCUUUAUGCGGCAUGUAAUAGCCUGGACUCUCGCAAGGGCUGGUCCCCUGGAGGCGACCGUUAUAACAUCUCCGCGAGAUCCCGCACGGAUCACAUCGCAGUUAUUGAUGUUGACCAGCCUGGCUCAGAUGGGUUGUACGGUCUGCGCCAGCUCAAAAUAGGUGGUUAUCACGAGGAUCUUGAUUUACAUGGGUUCGACGUGCGCAACAUUGACGGCCGGCUUCGAUUCUGGUUGAUAAAUCACAGACCCCCGGUUGACCCUGUCACGGGGAAGUUCCUUGAUGCUCCGGCCGUUGGGGCAAACUCUACUGUUGAGAUCUUUGAUUUGGACCCGACAUUGGAGACACUUGAGCAUGUGAAGACUGUGAUCAGCGAUGCGAUUAUUACACCCAAUGGUGUGGCCGUGGAAGAGGAUGGUCUGGGAUUCGUGAUUACGAAUGACCACGAUACCAAGACUGGUACAUUCCGUGGCCUGGAAAUAUUUUUUGGAGGUGGAAGUCUCGCUUAUUGUCGAUUCGACACGGGCAAAUGCCACAUCGCCGCCGACAAGGUUUUCUCCAUGGCGAAUGGAAUAGCUCACGACAAAAAUGGUCGCUACUACGUGGCCCACUCUGUGACUGGCCUCAUCACCGUCCAUGAACUCAUCAAUGAUGAACUGGUCCUAAUUGAAUCGAUCAACACCGGGUAUCCGAUAGAUAAUUUGUCGCUUGAUAUAGAUGGUAACCUCAUUGCAGCUGCGUUCCCUGACUCAAUUGCCUUUGUGAAGUCUACCAUGGACCCGUACAAUGUCGUUGCACCUGCCACGAUCCUUUCGAUAAAUGACAUUGCCAAUCAGCUGAAAAAACUCGGAAAGAAUGUCAAGGUAUCGAAAUUGGUGGAGGACAGAGAUGCCAAGAGUCUUCCCAGCUCGACAGUUGCUGUACAUGAUGUGAAAGGCCACAAGUUGUUCUUGGCCGGUAUUUUUUCUCCAUUCAUCACAAUAUGUGAGCAGCGUAACUGA